UAAAACUUUCAGUUGUGCUCUGUCGUUCAACGAGUGAAGACUUACAUUUCGUUCGCUCUCACAAUUUAUUCCAGCUCACUUCUUCAUUCUAUUUUUUAAAAAAUUUAUUUAAAAAAACAUCGGUGUGUGUAGAGUGAGCGUCUACAAUUACCAACAAAUCGAUCGAAGUCCAUCAAGUGCUGCCACUACUAAUCCACCCUCGUGUGUCUGUGUGUGUGUGUGUAAUACCUUAAAGUGUGUUCUAUUUCCAAAACUUUUUGCUACUUAACCCUCAACAAAAAAAAUUAAAUUCAUGUCCGACAAUUGAACCAAUUCAAAUUGUCUCCAAACUAUUUUUAAUUUUGGGCGUAAAUCAAAAGUGGUGGAAUUGUGGUGGUGUGUAGUAGACUUGUCGAAUCGAGAUGGCGUUCAUCACGUGGUGUUGUACAAUGUUGUGUUUACUGGGCGUCUUGACGACGGACAGCAGCGCCGCGACGCUGACGUUCCAUCAAGGUGGAUACAAUCACUUGCAAGUGGCCCUAGCCCCGCAGACUCCAGUUCCGGCCAAUUGCUCCCAAAUGCUCCACCAGCUCGAGAUGGUCAUCAGGGAAUCGUCACGGCUGCUUCAUCAAGCGACGGACGGACGGGCUUUUAUCCGCAGCGUAUCCGUCGUCUUGCCAACCGGAUGGACCAGCUCCGACUGCGGCCGAAAUGUUAGCCGCACUCGUCUGGAAUCUUACGGACAGGCCGACGUCAAAGUGUCGGCGACGGCUCAUCCGCUCUUCACCGGCGGAGCCGACGCCCUUUGGACCCAGCAGUCGCGCGACUGCGGACAAAUGGGCGACUACAUUUCGGCCGGACCCGAUUUCUUCUUCAAAGCCACGACGACGCCUUCCGCCUCCGCCAACGUCUCGGAUGUCUGGAUCAGAGGUCGACGCUUCCUCAGAGAAUUCGCAAAGUACCGGUACGGAGUGUUUGACCUGAACGAACGCACAGGAGCGGCCGCCGAGCAGGACGGACUUUUUCCCGAUUUCUUCUGCGUCGGUGGACCGUCUACACCAGCGGCGGCGGCUUCCGCAUCCAACGCCACCGGCCGAUCCAUCCAAUCCGCCCGCUCUUCCGACUGCGACAAUUCAUCCAACUGCCUUAAUACAACCACCUCAUCCACUUCGUUCACCGCCGCGACCGCUUUUUGCGAUGCUUCGCUGCACGACGAUAUGGCGCCGACCCAGCAGAACCUCCUCUGCUUCGGCCAGAGCGUCCGGGACGUCGUUUUCGGCCACCAGGACUUGAGAACAAUGAACGGUCAAAUGUUCAACCGGCUGGAAACUGUUUUCCAUUACAAACAAGCGGCCCUGCCACGUUACGUUUUGGCCUUGGACAAGAGCUCACCGAUGGACGAACGAGAUCACUGGAAGUACGUGAGGAGCGCCACCAGGAGAUUGGUGCUGCACGAUUUGGCCGACGAAACGGAACUGGGCAUUUUGAGCUUUGCAGACUCGGUCCAGAUCCAUACCGAAGGCCAAAAUGGGCCCAUGGUGAGGCUGGGCAGUCCCGGAAGUCGUGAGCAAGUCGCCUCGGCCAUUCCCGUCUUCAUCUCCAUGCCGUCCAACGGCGGAUCGGCAACGGGUUCCGUCCAGGAAUCCUGUUUAACUUGUGCCUUAGCCGAAGCCAUCGCGAUGCUGGAACGUGGAGGAGCUUCGUCGGCCGGCGACGUUAUCGUAUUGAUAACGACAGGUUCGUCGAGCGGCGACCAGGUGCAGAGCGCUCUGGCCCUGGCCAGCCGCAAACAAGUUCGCGUUUCGGUGGUGGCCUUCGCCUACGUCCCGACGCCUGGAACCCACCGAGCGGGAGCCUUGCGCAAUCUCCAAUCUCUGGCCGAAGCCACCGGCGGUCGGAUGACGGCCGUCGCCAGCAAAGGAGUUGGUACCAUGUCGCACAUUUCCAUGCUCAUCGAACUGGGCGACGCUCUCCUGACCACCCUGGACUUCCACCAAGGCAGCGACAAUGUCCCGACUCUGGUGCACGAGCAAGAAUUUGGCAGCGAGUCGGCCAGCGGCUGGGUCAACGGAACUUUUUACAUGGACCCUUCCCUGGGCCGGGACACCGUCAUGGCCGUCUACUUUUAUUCCCGCGACUUCAACACGCACGUCGGAGACAUCCGACUCGUCUCCCCUGACGGCGUCGAGCACCGCGGCAUCUCUGAAACGGCCAUGGCCAGCCUUUACGUCACGCCACUUGAACCUAUCGAGAAGUCUGGAGUUUGGCGCUAUUCGUUCGACAGGCGAUCGCAGAGUCACCAAUCGCAUUUCGUGAAAGUCACGUCAAAACUGAAGGCCCGGUCGACAACAUCCGCAUCUCUGCAACAACAGCGGGGACCUUUGACGGCCAAACUUCGCAUUGUUCCUCCGGCCGUCGGCGAUGCCCCCUUCAUUUUAUUGGCAACGGUGAAAUCUGGUGAAUUGCCAGUUUUGGACGCCAGAGUUCGGGCUAUUAUUCAAUUUACCGGAACGCCAGCCAAUCAAGAUUCCUCCAGCAACAACACACUGGUCCUGGACCUGUUUGACAACGGCAACGCAGAUCCUGAUAUCACUCGAGGCGAUGGAGUUUACUCUCGUUAUUUCGGUAAAUACUUUAGAGGCACUGGAACCUAUUCCAUCACACUGUCCGUCGAUGCCAUGGACGGAAGGGCCUACACGAUCCGCACAUCUCCGACCUCCAAACAAAUUGAUUCGGUUGAAUGCUGCGGAAGCGUGAUUCGAGUGCCACUGGAACGCCGUGAAUUGACUGGAGCCUUCAGUCGACUGGUUCCGGGUGAAGUUAUCAGCGCCGGAAGUAGCCAAUUUGUCAGCUCUCCAUCCUUGGCAGCCAACUCGACGACUUUUGGACAAGAGCCGGAAGCUUUGGACAUCCUUCCACCGUCUCGAGUCACCGAUCUGCGCGUUCAUGUCGAACCGACAACUCAGCGAGUCACUUUCCAGUGGACAGCCGUCGGCGACGAUUUCGACAUUGGCACAGCUUACACGUACGAACUACGAUUGGCCUCAAACAAAACUUGGCUCAAAGUGCCGUCGACGUUCCAGCAAGCCGAAACUCUUCCGGCCCCGACUCCGCGUCUCAGUGGCGACCCGAUGGAUUUGACUCUGAUGGAUUUCGAUCGCUACGAUCGCUGGUUCUACGCCGCCAUUCGGGCCGUCGACAGACGCGGCAAUCGAGGCCGAGUUUCCAAUUUGGUUCAAUUGUGGAUGCCCAGCCCACCUACCACCACCACGACGCCAGCGCCCGUCUGGCCGGCCACUUCCUUGUCUGUCAACGACGUUCCGCCUCAGUGGUUCGCCGGCGGCGGUCUCAGCACUGUCCACUGGGCGGCCAUUGUGGCCGGCAUCUGUGUGGCUUUGCUCAUCCUCGUCCUGGCCGUUUACUUUGUCAUCGCGGCCAAGAGGCGCAAGGACAAGGAGCAGAACAGCAAAUCCGGGCCGCCCAAAUUCGCCUACGUCCCCACGACGGUCAGCAGCGCCUUGUAUCCGGCGCCAGAGAAUAACAAGAGCGUCUCGACCAUCGACUUGGCUUCCGUCGACCAGAACAAGGAGAUUCUCAGCCAAUACCAAUCGGGAGCCGUCACCAUCUACGACGGACGCACCGUUCCAGUCCACUGGAGCGCUUCCCAGCUCCUUCAGGAGCACGAGCGUCGUCACAGCCCCUGCGGGCAGAACGAGCCCUCCGAUCAUUUCACGGCGCCCAACGACUCGGCUUUCAUCAGCGGCAGCUACCACUUGAAUUCCGGCAGCGCCAUCUACGGCGGAAUGAUCCAUCCCGACCAGCAGAACAUCUACACCCAAUCGUCGGCCUCGGCCACGCCACCCUCGGCCGAUUACCGGCCGUACUCGGUCGACUACGAAGGAUCGUCCUCGGUGGAUCAGGACGGCGGCUACUAUCCAACAACAACAGCGGCCGCCCACAACAACAACACGAAAUCCCGUCCGCCGACGUUCCCCAAACCGACUUCCGUCAACGGGACGGGUCGACUCUUGUCCCACCUGCCGCUCCACGGAUCCUUCACGUCGUUGGCCUCUGAACGCAAAAAGCGCAACGUCACUCAAGUCUAAAAAUCAAUUGAACCACCACUCCGUAUGUAGGGGCUGUGUGUGUGUAAAUACGGAAAGAUCUUCUAGUCGACGGUCGUGACUUGACGUGACCAUCUUGAAAAAAAAUAAGAAAAAAACAGAUGACUAUCCAACAACAACGUAUCUGCUUUCAUGGUGCUCUUUUCAGGUGUGUGUGUGUGUGUAACUCGGUCGCUUUUUGUAAUCAAUGGAUCGUUUUUUUGAAAAGAAAAAUCAUUUCUCUUUGUGUGUUUAAUACUCUUGACGCAUAUUCUGAUGCCCAAUGUUUGUGUUUUGCCCAUCUAUUUUGUGUUUGAGUGUGUGCGGAAUGGACAGGAUAAUCGACAAUUUGUACAGUUAUUAUGAAAUCCGCGCUAGAGCGAUUUACCCCGACCAUUUGGCUAUUUUCGUUUAUUAUUAUUAUUAUUAUUUUUUGGCCCCUUGAGAUGGAAUUUGCAUCUGAUGGUGUUUAUCAAGUGCUAUAUAUAUAUAAUAUUGAAAUUUGUCAAGUCACUGCUGUGUGUAUCAUUCGUUUGCUUUUGAACGAACACAAUUUCUCACCGUUUGCUUUUUGUACGAUCAAUACAAUUUUGUGUAGAAAUAUUA